AGAAAUGAAGAAAUGCAAUACAAAGUUGAGUUCAUAAUUUACAAACAAAAUAUAUAUUGUAUCCGGUUCUUUCAUUUGAUCAACCAAUGUCUAAUGUUAAGCUAGCUUCUUUUGCUGUCCUCUUGCUUGCUGCAUUCUUAAUGUUUCCGAUGAAGAAAGUAGAAGCAAAAGAAUGUAGAGGUGAUUGCGGUACCUUUUUAGGACUCUGUGCUAGCGGUUGUAAAUGCGUAACCCAUGAUUAUGUGUACGGUUGUUAUGUGGGUACAUGCGAAAAUCCCAAUUUGGUAAGUGGGAAUUUUCAGAGGAAGGUUGAGGAACCUAAGUUAUGUUGGUCUCAUGAUGAAUGCACAAAAAAGGGUAGUGGGAAUUAUUGUGCUCGUUUUCUCAAUUCGAAUAUCAAAUAUGGCUUCUGUUUUGCCUCUGUCUCUGAAGCACAAGACGCAUACAAGAUGGCCUCUACCUAUAAGUUCAAGAAAGACUUCUUGAAGAUGUCUCUUCCCGCUUAAUAUUGAUAUGUCAAAAAAAGCCUACGAUGCUAGAUAUAUAUUAUGCAUCUAUGUACUACUUUAAAUAAAUAGGCUUCUUAAUUUCCAUCCAAAUUUCAAUAAUGAUGUAUGAGCAUGGUUUUGCCUUUCAUCAGCAUGUCUUAUGCUUUUGUUAGACCUAAAAGAGAGUAGCUUUAUUUGGUCUUCCUUAUGGUUGAAAUUUAUGUGUUCUUCUGUUUCCAAA